UCAUAUUUGUUGACAUUUGAAAGCCGCUCGCAUUGAAUUGAGUGUCCAAUUCUUCGAUCACAAUAACACGAUGUCAAUCAUUCUGGGGAAAUUAAAUUCGAUUUUAUUGCGCGAACAUUUCGGUGUGAACGCUCAAAUAGUUGGUGAUUGUUUGUUUUCCGCUGUUCAAUCCCGGCCGUUAUCAACAAUUGUCAAAGCCACCGGUUUAACCAAAAACGAAGUAUCUGCUGCAUUGGCAUCUCUCAUCCGAUUCCGAUUGGUCAAAUUUGGACCAGGCUCCAGUGGAAAUUUUGUGGAAUAUUCGAUUAAAGCGGAUAAAGUCUAUUUGCUUGUGCGUUAUGCCAAGUAUGUGCAGUAUAUUCGAGAGAAAUGUGGUGAAUUGGCUGGGUUGUUGAUCAACGAAUUGCAACGUGUGGGCAGUGACAUUGCCACCAAUUUGAUAAUAAAAUGCACUGAGACAGACGUCGGACGAGAUAAACUCUGCGAAUUGCGUAGGGAAUUUUUGAAUUUGGUGCAAAAGAAUUAUGUGAUGCGAGCACCGGCCUUGGUGAAAGGCAAUGAACCCAAUUUUGUGCCUGAAUUCAAUAUUGAUGAGCACAGUUUCUUCAUGGAGCCAGAAAUCGAUGUGGCCACUUUGAUCCGAUUGAAAAACCGAGAAGCGGUCGAACCCAGCGAUAAAGAGGUCUAUUGGUUCGUGAAUAUUGAUCGAUUGCAUCAGGAAUUCCGAGACUCGGUUAUGGUUGGAGCAGUCGAACGAAGCAUUGACUCAACGGCAGCCGAAUGUUUUUGCUGCAUGCUCGAAUUGAUGUAUGCACGAACGGCCGCCUGGCAAGCCGUUACCAAUCCCGUUUCAUACUCUGAAAUACGGCACACAAUCGAAAAGUCACCCAAAUGGAAACUAAACGCCAAACUUGCGAAACAAUUGGAUCAAUACAUAGCCGUCAUUUGUGAGGAUAAUUUGAAAUUUGUUGGAAAAUUCGGCGAAGCCGGUGGUGGUCAGUAUGUGAUUCAGAUGAAACAUGCCAUUGAACAGUUGACUUGGUCGUGCAUUGAAAAUGUUAUUGACGAACGUUUUGGCAAGAAAGCGGCUCGUAUAUUUCGCAUCGUUCGCUCGCAGCGAUACUGUGAUCAAGACGAUAUCCAAAAAGAGGCGAUGAUUCCAUCCAAAGAAGCGAAAUUGUUCACCUAUAAGCUGGUCGAAGAGAAUUUCUUCCAGAUCAAAACGAUUCGAAAGUCGGGAGCGGGUGGAGGAGGAGCUGCCAAGUCAUUCUGUUUGUUCCAUGUUGAUCAACCGCAGAUUGUGUCGAUGCUGUUGGAACAUUGUUAUAAGGCACUUUUCAACUGUUUGACUCGAACUGAUUAUAUCAAAACGGAAGGUAGACGACUCAUUGAAAAAGCCCAACGGCUCGAAAUGAUCGUGCAAGCCAUGAAAGAGCGCGGUGAAUCCGAAGAAUACAUACAGGAAAUUUAUGAGACAAUGACACCGCCCGAAAAAGAUUUACUGGAAAACAUAAAUACUCGCUGCAAAAAUUUGAUGUAUGCCGAAAUUGGUAUGGAUGAAACCAUAUUUUUACUACAGUUGUAUCAAGAUUAUCAACAUCUGAAAUAAACACGAUAAGCGUUUUUUCUUUUGUAAGAA